UCUUCAUUCUUUUUUUUUUGUUCUCAUCAUCUCUUCAUUUAUCAUUCUUCUUUAUACCCUGCCUGACUUUGCUCUUUCCUUUUCCCCCACAAAAAAUAAAAUAAAGUAAAAAACUUUAACUUAGGCAUGGUCGCGACUGCUCUUGCUUCCAGCUCUGUCCUGGAAGGCGAUACGACCUUUCUUACCAGCAGCAGCAUCAACAAUACCUCUACCACUUCCACCAUCACUGUCAUUGCCACCUCCAUUGCCAAUGAGAAUGAACCCGAAAAUCCCUCGUCAGUCGAGUCGUCUGAGAACUCAUUCUCAACAUUCGUUUCGUCUUGUCCGCUCAUUCAUUCCCAACCCCCUGUGCAUGCUAUUGAAGCUGACCAGUUAUUCUCCCUUCACCAGAAGUUUGUCUCUACCCCUUUGCCCUCCAAAUCCAUGUUUCCUUGGCUCCAUGGAGUUGAUGGGACAGACAGCACACAAAAUUACUUUUUUGGCAUCGAACAGAGCUAUCAUCACCAUCUUUACUACACUGGUUCCCUCACCGGAACUGGUGCUGACGCGAUGAUGGUCGAUGGAGAGACAUUUGCCACAAACCAUAAAUUACCCAUACCAGAACAUCGCGGACUGAUGUUUGUCCAUACCUGUGAGCGAGACCUUGGUCGACUCGUAGGCUCCAUUAGUCCAUCCGAGAUUCUUAAGCCUGCUCCACGAGUGUUGUCGGCAACAAGACCUUCUGACUUAGGCUCUCAAAACGCCUCUGCCAAUAAAGCGCAACAGUCAUCACCCCCCCAAUUGGGAGAUAUUAACAACCAUCCACAGAUGCAUCACCAAUACACGGAUAGCCCCUCAGUCCAACAGCAACUUCAACAACAACAACAACAGGAUGCUAACCAAGGAGUGACUGGACAUGAGUCUGAUUGGGAUGACUCUUCUCUUUCUUCCUCAUCAUUUUCCUCAACCACAUCAUCUUCUACCAAUGCAGUGUAUCCUCCAUCUGCAUCUACAUCAAAAUCCGCAAAGUCUUCUUCAUUUUCGACAGUAGGGAUGCAUCCAAUGUAUUCGGGCUCGUUCUUACAAUCUCAAAGUGAAGGGAUCAAUAUCCGAAAUUUUAAGAUUCAGGUGCCACGUUAUGCACUUCUAUCAGACAUUGUUGUGUAUGCGAACGAAGGUGAGCAGGAUCUGGGAAUCUUGCAACUUGCUAAACAGAUCUCUGCAGCUCAAGAUGAAAUCUGGCAGUUGAUGAAAGAACAAUAUCCACAGAUGACCUUUGAGUCAAGACGCCAGACAUUUGUUCUGAAAGAUUCUUUCGCGAUAUUCGAGACAAAAUACCCAGAGUUGAUUGCCGUCGCAAGCAAUGGCCAACCAAGCAGGAACAAGGUUGACUUUUGGGAACAAGAACGAGAGCAGAUGGCCUUGUUGACCCGCGCCUCUGAAAUCGCACCAGGUAUCUGGCUCGGAAACAACACCGAUGUGCCUCUCACCAAUACGGGUGCAUCGUCGCUUGCAACACCUGUUUCUCCUGGUACAUCGUUCUCCUCCUACUUUUUCCCUCCUUCCUCUAUACCCCAUGCACUUUCUCAAAGCUCUUCGGCCUCUUCCGCAACUGUAAAGCCCUCAACUCUACCCUCCACGCCUCCUCCAGAGGAGAAUGAAUAUCCACCAUUGACACCACCCUCGUUCAACAAUUAUUCCAACUUUCAUCCUUCAAUCUGUGUUGAAUGUCGCUCAGGCGCCAAUGCGCCCACGACCAUGACUUUGGAUCGUAUCAGGAGCAAUGUUGCAUGCACGCCUGCGCCUUUGAGUACCAAAGAGAUUUUCCAUUUGGAGUGUCUAGGUGCUCUUACUGCAGGAGUGAAUCCAGAUGCAUUCCCGCCUUCGACAUCGUCUCUUUCUAGUUUUGCACGACCCGAUCAUAUUGAUAUCAGCGCUACCCAUGCUAUGCGCAGAGCAACUGCUUCAGGUCUUUUAAAGAACCUGCCAAUGAUGGGUUCAAUGCUUCAGACUCAAGUCAAUCAUUUGGUCAACAUGGCUUUCUUCAUUCAUGCUGUUACGGCUCCAGACGCCAAAAAGCUGUCGAGCUUUAGUAAUAACAAUCAGGGCUUUGAACGUGUCACUCAACAGCAACCUUUACAGCCCAUUGCUCAUCAAGUUUUGAUCCAUUGCGUGGAUGGAUACACAGAGUCAGCACUGCUGGCUUUGGCAGUAGUCAUGAUUCACUACCAAAUUUCUUUAGCUGAAGCCUAUGUCAAGUUACAAACGGACUUGGGACGCAGUUUUUUCGUAUACCCAAAUGAUGCAGUCAUGAUGCUUGAAGUCGAAAACCAAAUUUGGCAGAGGAUACUGAUGGAGAAGGUAGAUCGAGAGGCAAGUACGAGGUUAUCAUCAACAAUAGGAUCCAAUCAACAACAAGAAGCGGCUUCUGGAGCAUCGUCAUUGUCUUCUUCUGCAUCUUCAUCCUCUUCAUCUUCGUCAUCUUUUUCGUCAUCGCUUAACAUGUCCAACACCACAGCUUCAGGAAAUACACCAUCAUCGUCCUCGUCAUUACCAUCACCAAUAUCACCAUCUGCAUCCACACCUUCUUUGAAUAUGAUGAUGGAAGGAAUCGAAUCCGCACAAGGGAAAAAAGAAGAGCCGAUUAUUCAAAAACCAUACUUGAGGCCAGGCCACGAGGAACGAUUUCAAUGGUUUUAUCAUCCUGAAUUUGAAGGAUCGUUCCCAUCUAGGAUUUUACCCUUUUUGUAUCUAGGCAACUUGGCGCAUGCUUCUAACCCAGGCUUGCUCAAGAGUUUGGGAAUACGAUAUGUGUUGAGUGUAGGUGAAGAGGCCCAUGGGCUAGAUGAGGAUGUGGAUGUGGGUGUGGACGCGAACGGCAAUAGCAACGGUGACAAACCGCCAGCAUCAUCGUCAAAGUUUAUGGUCAAAUUGGUGGACGAUAUGUUUGACAAUGGUGUGGAUUCGCUGUGGAGACAUCUCGAAAAUUGUGUCUCGUUCGUUGAUGAAGCAAGGAGAGCCAAUGCCCGUAUAUUGAUUCACUGUCGUGUAGGUGUAUCACGCUCAGCAACUAUUGUGAUUGCCUACUUGAUGGCUCAUUAUAAUUUAUCAUUGGUGGAUGCGUAUUUAAUGGUCCGAGCGCGUCGAUUAAGUGUGAUUAUCCAACCCAAUCUACUGUUUAUGUAUGAACUGCUGCAAUGGGAGCAACGAUUAAAAGGACGUUUUGAUCCUAUGGGUUGGCCUGGUAUCGCACGAGAGGUCCAUAAUCUGAACAUGUACUAUAUUGGAAAUUAAAUACACAUUAUAUUUAUACAGAUGUUAUUAAAUAAAAUAAGUUUUGUCCGAGC